AUGCUGGCUAUAUUCACUUUGCCGUUUCGUCUUGGUACUGCUUGUUCGAUUGCCUAUAAUUACCUUAUCCAAAAUCGUCGGUUCAUCAAAGCAUCUUGGAAUCAGCGCGAAAUUGCCCAUAUCGAUCCAGUUGAAGAUGAACCUGACGUCAGGCGAUUUAUCGACAACUAUUUGAAAAGUGACGGCGUCUUUGUACUUCGUAUGCUCACACUUCAAUCCGGGGUGAUAUUUGGCACGGACCUCGUCGUGGCCCUAUGGAAAGCCUUCAACGGUAUCGAUGAGAAUCUGAAGAGAAGCAAUUCGAUGCCGCAUGUAGCUGAUGUCGGAGAACAAGUCACUACAUAUUGGCCUCCACCACCAGCUCUUAAUCCUGCACGCGAACGAAUGCGUAAUGCACUCGGGCAAAACAUUGAUAACUCAUUGGUCAGCCAGGAUAUACUAGAAAGAAUGGUUCCACCGUAUCCUGUCCGGCGUGCUCCACGUUACGUGGCUGCAGUAAGCGCUCCAGUGUUAGAACCCGAAGAAUACAAUGAAGCUAAUGAGGAGAAUGAACAGAAUCAAGCGCUCAUCAGAAGUCUCGACAGCUCUCCUGUCAAAACUGCUCCACCACCAACAGUCGUUCAACGGCGAGCUAUCUGA